AUGGAUACCGGCGACAAGAAUUGGGCUACUAAGUACCUGCUUGACCCAUUAAACGCACCCGAUCCUUCUCAAGAAGAUGGCCCAGGAAACACCUUCCGACCCGGUGCGACGGUCGCUCCAGUCAAGCCUUCCCCUCAAUCGAAGCAACUGGUUGGAAGGCGCCUCUCAAAGACAAAUCCCUAUCGCAAGAACUCCAUUUCCAACAGUACCACGACUGAGAUCAAACGGUCUGCUUCCCUGAACAGCAAUGGCUAUUCUCCUAUUUCGAGCAGCAAGGGCCCGUACCCUCCGCAGUCGUAUCCUUCACCACCGCCCUCAGCGACCUCUCCGUUCGGCACAAACCAGUAUCCACAGUCUCCUCAAUCUCCACGGUCUCCCCAAACGCCUCGCUCCCCUGGCCAUAGACAAGAGGCUUUUGGGAAUGAAGGCCACUCGAGUCCCCACGGUGGUAGCGGUCGUCGUCGACGCGGGAGCUCCCUGUCGGAGCGCUACCCAGGAGAUAAGUCCCACCGCCCUCUCGAUACUCUGACGAGGGAGAAAGCCGUGGCAGAUCGGGCGCGUCACGCGACCCGAAAACACCACAUUCCACCGGACACCAUUGACAGCCUCGACAUGACGGGUGGCGGGGCCUAUCACCACGGCGGUCCAUACGAUGCUACCUUGUUCGCGCGUAACAACUCAGUGAACAGUCCACUGGCGGCUGUGGCCGAUUCUAACGCGGAAGCUCUGAAAGCAACGCCGAGAGAGAAAAUCGUUGACUCUGUCAGGGGCCACAGACCACUCGACGGAGUUGCAGCAUACGCUCCAGGAAAUAUGGAUCGUAACGGCAACGUCUACAACUACGAAGAAGGUGACAAUAUGAUGAUUGAAGGCGGCCCGGAAGGAGGGGCAUAUAAACGAUGGCCGGGCAUGCAAUAUGACCCACACGAUGUCAAGGGCAAAGGGGAACCAAGUUAUAGUUUGGAAAAGGCUCUCAAAGAGCACAAGAUCUCGGACGAGCAGCAGAAGGCCAACGGCAAUACCGGGAUCGAAAUGAAGAGUCGCAACAGGAGCUCGAGCGGCCCUGUUCCGCCCACUGCAGAUCGAUCAGGAUGGGACGACGGCGAGGGGCUCGGGAGAAGUGGAAGCAUUGGGAAGAGGCUAAGUGGAGGAUUGAAGAAAAGGUUCGGGAGUAUUAAGAGAAAUCACCGCCGGGAAGACUAA